AAAGAGAGGAAGGAGAGAAAGAUAACAGCAGAGUAGAGAGUGAGAGAGAAGAGGAGGAGCAACACAGUGGAAAGAGAAACAGCCAGACUGCUCUACUCUCAUCUGUUAGUGGUUAUGUGGACAGCAACUAAAGAGAGCAGGCUGAAGAAACUUGACUUUGUCUCCAAGUGAAUGAUCUUAAACCAGCGUCUCUGAGAGUUUACUGGGAGCACAGACUGGUCUGAGAGUGAGGGAGCUGUAAGGUACCAUGGCCGACAACAUAAACGAGGAGUCUGAUUAUGUCCCUGGGAAAGAUGAGCUGGACUGGGGCUACGAGGAAGGUGUAGAAUGGGGACUCCAUUUCCCAGCAGCCAACGGCGAGUACCAGUCUCCCAUUAAUCUCAACUCCAGGGAAGCCCAGUAUGACCCCUCCCUUCUGGAUGCUGGUUUAUCACCAAACUACGUGGUGUGUCGAGAGUGUGAAGUCAUCAACGAUGGACACACCGUCCGCAUCCUUCUCAAGUCCAAGUCAGUGGUUACUGGGGGUCCAUUGCCUAGUGAUCAUGAGUAUGAGCUUCAUGAGGUUCGUUUCCACUGGGGCAAAGAGAACCAGAGAGGAUCUGAGCACACAGUCAACUUCAAGGCUUUCCCUAUGGAGCUCCAUUUGAUUCACUGGAACAGUACUCUCUUUAACUCCUUAGAGGACGCUCUGGGGAAGAAGAAUGGAGUCCUCAUCAUAGCACUUUUUGUCCAGAUUGGCAAAGAGCACCUGGGUCUAAAAGCCAUUACUGAAGUUCUCCAAGACCUGCAAUACAAGGCGAAGAGCAAGAUAAUCCCAUGUUUUAAUCCAAACACGCUCUUACCUGAUCCGUUGUUGAGAGACUACUGGGUGUAUGAGGGAUCACUGACUACGCCUCCUUGCAGUGAAAAAGUCACCUGGAUACUCUUCCGCUAUCCCCUCACCAUCUCACAGUUACAGAUUGAGGAGUUUCGGAGGUUACGGUCGCACGUCAAGGGGGCGGAGCUACCUGAAGGAAAUGAUGGGUUGUUGGGGGACAACUUCCGCCCCACCCAGCCUCUCAGUGACAGGACGGUCCGCGCUGCCUUCCAGUGACUCUCCCUUUCCUGUACCAUCUCAGUAAAACUCUGGGACCUACAGAUGCAGAAACAAGGGGAGAGAAAACAGAGGGGUGAAGAGAGGAGUGGAAACAGGAAGAAGGAGGGGAAAUUAGUGUGAUAACAGACCCAAGGCAAACUGAACAUGGACAGAGCCUUUUAGUAUUACACCCUUAAUGUGUGUCAGCGCGUGUGUAGCCUUCUUUUCCUCUAACGUUUCUCUCUCCUCCUCUUCUCUUUGCUGCUGGUUCGUCAUCCUUUUCAUGUGCAUAUUUGUCUUACCUAUGGUUUAGGCGCUGCUGUAUCUCCAUGCUAUGUGUGUGUUGUAACUAAAACGAUUGGAGGCUUCCACAAUCUGCUAAUCUUUGCUGCAACAACAGGAGGAAGUGUUGACCACAGAUGUUAAAGAGGCCAAAACACACACAGCUUCACACAUCAUGUUCUACAUGCUUUGAUUCAUACUUCCUCACUAACUCUACAUUUUAUCAGCUAAAAAUCAGCCGAUUAUUGUUCCUAUUAGGCCUUAAUUAAUACAUUUAAAUGAAUCAAAUGUAUUUGGAAGGUAAACUGUGUAUAGAAAUAAAUUACUUUAAAAAUCAGUAUUCCAGCUCAAUUUCCUUCUUCGUGUUCAGCAAAUUGCUGAUAUGCUGAAUAAAUUAGUUCAGUACUAUUUCUAACAUUUCUGCUAUGUUUAAGCGAAAGUUGAAGCAAAGGCAAAGAUUGGAAAGACUGUAUGCUUCUUGUUUUAUGGUCCUUUUCUUGUCACACUGAGCAGGUAAAAUUUAUAGCUGCCCAAUCAAGUUAAAUAGAUGCAAUAAAACUGCACUUAGGUUCUCAUUUCAUACUCUAAAUAUAGUUUUACCAUUAGCACUGCAGUGCAGAGAUAGAGGGACAUAUUUUCUAACAGGUGAGCUUCUGCUGAUGCAGGAACUGCAUCUCUCUGUUUUCUGGAGUACAAAGAUUUGGGUUGAUAUUUGUUUUUUCACUCGAUAGUUGCACAUUUUAAAACCAGAUCAAUACCUUGUCUUUCCCUGAUUCAAAUAUUUAAAACAUGUUUAACUGUAGUCAGAUUGUACGAUUAUCAUAUGAUGUCUAUAUGAAUAUGUACUGCACUAAUUUGUCAUUGAUUGUGCAAAUAAAAAUAGGAACAUGUGUACUUUUUUGACCCAGUCGCUUGUUCUUUCUUCUCUGCUUCCUCUUCUUGCUCCUACUUGCUUAUCACUGAACAUGAUGCUACAAUUUCUUUUCAUUUCUUUGACAGAUAUCUUUUGUUUUUAGACUGCAGCCUUUAGUUGCACAGCAACCACCCUAUCCACAGACUUAUGUAUUUAUUGGUGUGAAGGUCGAGGUUUGCAUAUUGCAGCUCAUUUGUUUGAAACAUGACUUGCAAGCAUUGUAUGAAAUUACACAAAUCCAGGAAAAGAUCCUGUGAAGACCAUCCACGUUUA